AUGGUGCGUCUCUCCAACCUAUCCUGCUUGCACACCUGCUCCCAAUAUAUAUUGCGCGCGGCCGCUGAUCGAGCAAUCACGCACCGCGGCAAGCCUGUGGCGCGCAAUCACCAAAUAUCCCCCAUGCCGGCGAUGGCGCCUUUUGCGGCCGCGCGGACGUUGUGGCAACCGCAGCGAUUGCACCGGCCAUCGGCAGCAACCCCUCAAACACGCAAACACCUGAAACCCCGCAUGAGGUGCAUUUAUACGAGACCGAGCGCGCCCCGCAUCGCAGGUGAAGGAGAAGACGCACAUCAACCUCGUGGUGAUCGGCCACGUCGACGCCGGCAAGUCGACGACGACGGGUCACUUGAUCUACAAAUGCGGCGGCAUCGACAAGCGGACGAUCGAGAAGUUCGAGAAGGAGGCGGCCGAGCUCGGCAAGGCCUCGUUCAAGUACGCGUGGGUGCUUGACAACCUCAAGGCCGAGCGCGAGCGCGGUAUCACGAUUGACAUUGCGCUCUGGAAGUUCGAGUCGCCGAAGUUCUACUUCACGGUCAUCGACGCGCCGGGCCACCGCGACUUCAUCAAGAACAUGAUCACGGGCACGUCCCAGGCCGAUAUCGCCAUUCUGGUGAUUGACUCGUCGGUGGGCGGCUUCGAGGCCGGUAUCUCCAAGGACGGCCAGACGCGCGAGCACGCGCUGCUGGCGUUCACGCUCGGCGUGAAGCAGAUGAUCGUGGCGUGCAACAAGAUGGACGACGUGUCGGUCAAGUACGGCGAGGGCCGCUACAAGGAGAUCAAGGCCGAGGUGUCGACCUACCUGAAGAAGGUCGGCUACAAGCCGAUGAAGAUCCCGUUCGUGCCGAUCUCGGGCUGGAUGGGCGACAACAUGAUCGACAAGUCGACGAACAUGCCGUGGUACAAGGGCCCCUACCUCCUCGAGGCGCUCGACAACGCCAACCCGCCGAAGCGCCCCUCGGACAAGCCGCUGCGCCUCCCGCUCCAGGACGUCUACAAGAUCGGCGGUAUCGGCACGGUGCCGGUCGGCCGCGUCGAGACGGGCAUCAUCAAGCCGGGCAUGGUCUGCACCUUCGCGCCCGUCCAGAUCACGACUGAGGUCAAGUCCGUCGAGAUGCACCACGAGUCGCUCCCCGAGGCCGUGCCGGGCGACAACGUCGGCUUCAACGUGAAGAACGUGUCGGUCAAGGACAUCCGCCGCGGCAACGUGUGCGGCGACUCCAAGAAGGACCCGCCCAAGGGCGCGAGCACCUUCUUCGCCCAGGUCAUCGUCAUGAACCACCCCGGCCAGAUCUCGUCGGGCUACUCGCCCGUCCUCGAUUGCCACACGGCCCACGUCGCGUGCAAGUUCAAGAACAUCGACCAGAAGAUGGACCGCCGCUCGGGCAAGGUGCUCGAGGAGAACCCUAAGUUCGUGAAGACGGGCGACGCGUGCAUGGUGACGCUCGAGCCGACGAAGCCGCUGUGCGUCGAGUCGUUCGCCGAGUACCCGCCGCUCGGACGCUUCGCCGUGCGCGACAUGCGCCAGACGGUCGCGGUCGGCGUGAUCAAGUCGGUCGACAAGUCCGAGAAGGAGGGCAAGACGACCAAGUCCGCCGCUAAGAAGAAGUGAUGGUGUGCCGCGGCCCUGAACGGCUCUACUGCCGCUCACGCGAGGCUCCGGCGGGACGGGACGCGCCGGCCCGUCGCACCGCGGAGGCGGCGCACGCGAAUCGUGUGCCCCGCCCGCCGCGGCUGCGACGGCGCCGACGCGGCUCCGGUCCGCCCGUGCUCUCGACGCCCGCUGCAAGCACCAUCCCGAGGGGUCGCACCCUUUCCGCGCGGCCGCGCCUUCACCGGCGUGUUCGCCUCCUACCCGCCCCCCUUCCGUAUACGCCCCUAACUAUCCCUAUUGAAA